AUGUCCGGGAUGGAUAGCGUGGACGUCGUGGAGCAGGCUGGGCCGACCGUCACUGUCUGCGACCUGCCGCCGGAGAUACUGAGGCACGUCAUCAGCUGCGUCAGGGAGGACGAGCCGGCACCGUGGGAGCGCGAGUGGAAGAAGCGGCGAGACCUGAACGGCGUGCGCCUGGUCUGCACCAAGUGGCGGGCGCUGGCGCAGGACGUCGUCAGGGCGGCGACGUGGGAGCCCGAAGUGAGCGUGGACGACUCGCCCGGCGUGUUCGAGUACCGCAGCGUUGAGCUGACCAACCUGCUGGACGUGAUCAAGUUCCCCCUCCUCGAGGCCCUCACGAUCAAGAGCGACUUCAAGUACAGCCUCGACCAGUUCCUCGCCACCACGCAGACCCUCUCGGUGUGCGCCACGUCGCCCGCGCUCGGCAUGCCGGCCCCCGGCGGCCCCCCCGGCGCCGCCUACCACCCACAAGUCCUCCUCUCGCUGCGGCAACUGCACCUGCACGGGGUGUCGUUCACGGACGCCGGGAUCCAGCAGCUGACGAUCCUCACGCGCCUGGAGACGCUCACGAUCGCCGGGCCCGACACUGCGGUGACGGACCAGCAGGAGGACUGGGAGUAUGACACCUCCACCUUGUCGUUUCUACCGGACCUCCCGACCGUCGCGACGCUGCGGCUGCUCGACGUGCCGUACUCGCAGGACUUCGACGCCGACAUGUUCGACGCGCUGCCAGCCCUCCGCAGCCUCGUGCUGUCGCCCUGCAGCCUCGACCACGGCAUGCUCGAACACAUCGCUACGCGGCUCACAGCCCUGACGUCGCUGUCGCUGGAGGGGCGGCUCGAGAACGAGCACGAGGCCAACCACGAGAUGGAGUUCGACCUCGACGACAACCUCCCGACGCUGCCGGACCUCGACCUGCCAAACCUGGCGCGGCUGUCGUGUUGCUGGAUGGCCCUGGACGAGGCGGUGACGCGGCUCCACCGGCUGUCGCGGCUCACGUCGAUCCGGCUGGAGGAGUCGGACGUCGCGGAGCAGCACAACGGGCGCCUGUCGAUGGUCGCCAUGCACGCGCUGGGGACGCUGCGCGCCCUGCCGAACCUGCAGGAGCUGUGGAUCUCGUGGAACCCCGCGCAGGGCAUGGAGAGCGAGCAGCCGUGGGACCUGCAGGAGUGUUUCGAGUGUCUGACUCCGAUCCAGUCGCUCACGUCGCUGCGGUACGCGCACCUGGGAUCCGUCGUCAACAGCCCGACGUGCAAGUCCGCGCUGGCGCUCCGCUCGCUCACGAAGCUGACCGAGCUGCGCGACCUCGCGGUGUCGGUCAACAUGCCGGACGUCAACAACGUCACUCUGCGCAACUUCGCAAAAGGCCUGCCCCGGCUGCAAACCCUCACGCUCGUCGGGCUGCGGGAUUCCAAAGUGAGCCGGAAAGGCUACAGCGCGCUCGUCCAGAUCCCGUCGCUGGCGACGCUCAACGUGGACCGUUCGGUGGACGCGACGUCAAUGGUGAAGACGCAGCUGUACCGCGAGGCGAGCAUGGCGGGCAAAACCAUCUCGUUCACGAACUAG